AUGAGCUCCUACAUUGACCCACCACAGAGCUUCGAUAAGCGAAAUCUGGAAACCUCCCUUCCCGAGCCACUCAAUGCACCGCUGGCGUCAGUUCUUGAUGGUUGUCUUAAGGCUAGGAAUCUAGGAAAUGAUAGUCGACUUUUAGACCCCUUCACCGAUAAUACUGCAUCUAAAGAUCUUAAAACGAAUAUCAAAGUGACCAGCUGUACCGAAAAUCCCGCUACUUCUAUCACAAAUGCUGAGAAGGAAUGGCUGAAGAAGACCGAAUAUUGGAUAGCAGAGGCGUAUGCACUUGUCCAUGAUGAGAGCCCAUCUUGUGAAGAUUGA